AUAAAACCGGCCAAAUAAACGUCAACAAGAACAACAAAUGUGUUUUGCAAACUAUAUUUCACAUUAAUUUGCAAUAUAUACGAAAAUUAAUUAAAAUUAGCUAAAGUAUUGUUAAUGAAAGUGUAAACAAACCGAAAUGGACAGUGAGCUGCGUAGCAAGGUGGAAUCAUGCUGCCGUACAGCCGAGGACUUCACGAAACUAUACUACACAUCCUUUGAUAAGCGACGCCAUCAAAUGGGUCGCAUGUAUCUUGAUAAUGGUUUACUUGUUUGGAAUGGUAAUGGAUCUAGUGGCAAAGAUAACAUACAAAAAUAUCUAAUUGAUUUACCUACUUCGGAACAUACAAUAACAAAUUUGGAUGCACAACCGAUUAUUGAUGAGGCCGUUGGCGGUCAGUUAACUUAUAUGAUACAAGCCGGUGGCACUGUGCGCUACGCUGAAGAAGUGGUGCGACCAUUCCAGCAGACGUUUAUCAUCACCGCACAGGAAGAUAAAUGGAAAAUUGCCAGCGAUUGCUAUAGACUGCAGGAUGGGCUAGCACGUAUAGAAAAUUAGCUUAAGUAAUACGAUCGAUGGUUAGAUAAUACAAACAGCAUAUUUUACACAACAAAACAUUAAAAAUUACAACACGAAAUGUUGGUCACUGA